UCCAGAUGCUUUAGAACUUGAAGUUAGAUUAUGAUUGGAUUAUAUUAUAGAUAAUUGUUGAAGAAACCCUUUUGAGCAAAGGAAGAUUUUGAGUUUGCUGUGUCAGGAAAAAUGGUGGAACAUGGUAUCUCAAAACCAGGCAAGACACAGUUUACCGAGUGCUGGAAGACAACAUGGAAGACACCUUAUAUAAUGAGGCUCGCACUGUCUGCUGGCAUUGGAGGGUUCCUCUUUGGUUAUGACACAGGAGUGAUUUCUGGUGCACUACUUUAUAUCCGUGAGGACUUUCGUGAAGUUGAUAGGAAGACAUGGCUACAGGAAACCAUAGUGAGUAUGGCUGUAGCUGGUGCUAUCGUUGGAGCCGGAUUGGGAGGGUGGAUGAACGACAAGUUCGGGAGAAGAAUGUCAAUUUUGGUAGCCGAUGUUCUGUUCUUUGUUGGUGCAGUAGUGAUGGCAUUGGCACCGGCACCAUGGAUGAUUAUCCUCGGAAGAAUCUUCGUUGGUUUCGGUGUAGGGAUGGCUUCCAUGACCGCACCUCUAUAUAUUUCGGAAGCUUCACCUGCUCGGAUCCGAGGUGCACUUGUUAGCACCAAUGGUUUGCUAAUCACAGGAGGACAGUUUCUGUCUUACUGUAUCAAUCUGGCUUUCACUCAUGUUACAGGAACCUGGCGUUGGAUGCUUGGAGUAGCAGGAGUCCCUGCUGCGGUUCAGUUUGUGUUAAUGUUGUCACUUCCGGAGUCUCCUAGGUGGCUUUACACAAAGUACAAGGUAGACGAGGCCAAGUCCAUUCUAGAAAGAAUAUAUCCUGCUGAAGAAGUUGAAGGCGAGUUGUAUGCUUUGAAAGUCUCAGUAGAAGCCGAAAAGGCCAAUGAGCAUGCCAUUGGGGACAGUCUAGGGCAAAAGUUGAAGGGUGCUUUUAAGAAUGUCGUUGUCCGAAGGGGACUCUAUGCCGGUGUGACAGUUCAAGUGGCUCAGCAGUUUUCCGGCAUUAACACGGUCAUGUAUUAUAGCCCCAGCAUAGUUCAGUUCGCCGGAUUCGCUUCAAACAAGACGGCAUUGGCACUUUCUCUCAUAACCUCCGGUCUCAAUGCUGUCGGCUCUAUUGUCAGCAUGACCUUUGUGGACAGAUAUGGGAGGAGGAGGAUGAUGAUUUUUUCGAUGAUCGGAAUCAUUGCUUGUCUUUUGGCGUUGUCGAUUAUCUUCUCUCAAGCCGCCAUGCAUUCUCCGAAAAUUGAUCAAUUCGAAUCCACACACUAUGCCCUGAAUUCUUCAUGUUUGAGUUUUGUCAAUGCUAAUAACCCAACAUCAUGGAACUGCAUGUCUUGCUUGAGAGCUGAAUGUGGUUUCUGUGCUAAUGGAGUAAACAAAUAUACUUCCGGAGCAUGCUUGGCAUUGAAUGAUGAUCUAAGGGCUUCAUGUCGCGAGAAACGUCGUACCUGGUACAAGGAUGGUUGUCCGAGCCGAUUCGGAUUUUUAGCGGUAGCAUUCCUAGGAUUGUACAUCAUAGCAUACUCCCCCGGGAUGGGAACGGUCCCGUGGAUAGUGAACUCGGAGAUAUAUCCAUUAAGGUACAGAGGUCUCGGAGGAGGAUUGGCUGCAGUUGCGAAUUGGGUGUCGAAUCUCAUCGUGAGCGAGAUAUUCUUGACGCUCACCAAAGCACUCGGCUCCUCCGGCACUUUCUUCAUGUUUGCCUUAUUUUGUGUCAUUGGACUCACUUGCAUCUUUUGGUUCGUACCCGAAACCAAAGGGUUGCAGUUCGAGGAGGUGGAGAAGUUGCUUUUGGCCGGUUAUCGGCCAAAAGCAUUUAGGAAAAUCUCGAAAGAGGCUAAGGACGAAAAGGGUAAGGGUAAGGUUGAUGCCGAAACAAGGGUUGACGAAGGAACUACCAGCUAACUGGAAUCUGUCCUUCUGAUCAGUUUGCCGACGAUAACUUUUGUCAUUGAUAUCCUUGUAAUUCAGUUACUAUUGUAUUGUUGAAU